AGAGAGAGAAAAGAAAAGCCUCUUGAACAAGGCAGGAAUAGCUAGAGAGGAACAAUGGGGCUAUUAAGAGGUUUUGUUUUCCUCUUAGUUCCAUACCUGCUGCACAGGUCAAAUAGUUCCUUCAUUAGGCUGAAUAACAAUGGUUUUGAAGAUAUUAUCAUUGUUAUAGAUCCUAGUGUGCCAGAAGAUGAGAAAAUAAUUGAACGAAUACAGGAUAUGUUGACUACAGCUUCUACUUAUCUGUUUGAAGCCACAGAAAAAAGAUUCUUUUUCAAAAAUGUAACUAUAUUAGUCCCUGAGAAUUGGAAGGAAAAUCCUCAGUACAAAAGGCCAAAGUAUGAAAACUAUAAACAUGCUGAUGUUAUAGUUGCACCACCUACACUCCCAGGUAGAGAUGAACCAUACACCAAGCAGUUCACAGAAUGUGGAGAGAAAGGCGAACAUAUUCAUUUCACCCCUGACUUUCUACUUGGAAAAACACAAAAUGAAUAUGGACCAUCAGGCAGACUGUUUGUCCAUGAGUGGGCUCACCUCCGGUGGGGAGUGUUUGAUGAGUACAAUGAAGAUCAGCCUUUCUACAGUGCUAAGUCAAAAAAAAUUGAAGCAACAAGGUGUUCCACAGGCAUCUCUGGUAUAAACAGAGUUUAUAAGUGUCAAGGAGGCAGCUGUCUUACUAGAACGUGCAGAGUUGAUUCUACAACAAAACUAUAUGAAAAAGAUUGUCAGUUCUUUCCUGAUAAACUGCAAACAGAAAAAGCAUCCAUAAUGUUUAUGCAAAGUAUUGAUUCUUUCCUCAUCCCUCCAGAUUAUGCUUCUUAA